AGCGCGGUGGCACAUGUCAGUGGUCAACGUCCAUCCUCUGUCCCCGUCUUGCUUCCUGUGCCGUUGUCACGUGACCUCGCACCUCUCCACGGACCAUGGAUUUGCUCGAGAAGCUCGUUGGUGAAGGCACGGGUGGUUUGAUCCUGUGCGGGGCGUUGUUGGUGCUGGGAACCUGCGUCUUGCCGAUGUGCGCCGGGAUGCGCGUGCCGCGCCAAGACGGCGAGAAGUGUCGCCCAGACGAGCCUCACGAGAUUCCAGCCAAGGCCAAGAUUACCUCGCUCCGCGUCUACCCCGUGAAGUCUUGCGCCGGGCACGAGGUGCAGCAGGCCUCUCUGGGAGACCGUGGCCUCGAGAUGGACAGGCAAUGGAUGAUCGUCGACGGGCGCGGGCGUUUCAUGUCCCAGAGGCGCUUUUCCAAGCUGGCGCUCAUAUCACCGUCUCUACCUAAGACCAAAGACGAGCCCCUAGUUCUGUCUGCGCCGGGGGUGGCCUCUCUGGAGGUGCCGGUGGUGCGCAAGGUCGGUGCCGGCGGCCCAGCGGCAGGCGGAGAGCUUGUCGAAGUCGGGGUUUGGAAGGACACGUGCCAAGCGAUCGACCAGGGGGACGCCGCAGCUUCGUGGUUGCAAGCUUUCUUGGGAGUGGACAACUUGAGGCUGGUUCGGAUGAAGGACGGCUUCGUGCGGCCGACCGAUCCCGGCUACGGGACCGGCUUCCGCACCGGCUUCGCCGACGGCUUCCCCAUGCUCCUGGUGGCGGAAGAAUCCCUGGAAGAGCUCAACUCGAGAAUAGCUGCGACGGGGGACGGCGAGCAGGCCGCCGUCGGUAUGGACCGAUUUCGACCGAACAUCGUGGUGCGAGGGUGGGGCCCCUUCGCCGAGGACGACUGGACCAAGAUCAGGGUCGGCAGGAUCGGCAUGCGCACCCCGAAGCCGUGCAGCCGGUGCCAGAUACCCGGCAUCAACCAGAGCACCCUCGAGGUUCGAAAAGAGCCCAGGCAGACUCUGGACACUUUCCGAACCGGGUCUCACGUUGCCCGGUGGAACGAGAAGUGGUCGAAGGACGUUUUCUUCGGCAUGAACGUGCUGCACGAGUCCACGGGCGUGCUGCGCGUGGGCAACGACGUCGACGUCUUGAGAGCGGCGUCCAAGGCGAGCGCCAAGAAAACGCAAUAAAGUGUGUGUGUGUGUGGGGGGGGGGGGGACCAACCACUACCAGCAGCGGUGCCCCCGAGCAUCUCGAAUGAGGGCAGGCGUGCUGGGAUGCUGCAUGUACCAAGGAGGCGGCACGCAGUUUUCUGAUUGGUCAAUACGGUGUACAACUCUACAAGAAUUGCUUGAUGUUGGGAGGGCGGAUGCGGUUUGGUAAGGA